UUUUCGACACCUUCAAAAAAACAAACAAAAAAAAACAGGAUGUAAACAAGGAAAUAUGAAAAACAAAACAAGAUUACAGUGUCUAUUAUCAGAUGUCAGUUAAAUUCUUUAAAACAAUAUAUUAUACUAGCAAAUCAUAUGCGAAUUGAUGAAAUUCUUGUUUAGAUAACUGCGAAUAAUAAACGAGGAUUAAUAAAUUGCACUUGUGUUCGGAUAUGGCAAGCUGAGUUUCAAGUACACAGAACAGAUUAUACAGAUAUGAAACAUGUAAUAUACUGUCCAAUAGAAAGGCGAUGAGUCGUCUGUCUGGAGAUGAUCUGGCAAGGCCUGCCAAAGACCUGCCAUUAAAGGUUAUCAGGAAUUUAGGUCACAUGUUACAUAGGGCCCAGUAUAACAGUGGUAACUGGGAAACAAUUGCUGAAGACCUUGGUUAUGAAUAUGAAGACAUAAAAAAUUUCAAAACCUUGGCUGAUGUUCGACAGGAAUCUCCACCAGGUGAACUUAUGCUCAGAGACUGGAUCCAGCGUCUGUAUGGAUGUACACUGUUCGUUUUACACAGUGCUUUAAUGAAAGCAGAACGACUUGACUGUGUAGAAUAUCUCGAGACUGAAAUAUAUAAGCGUGUAGUAUGCAUGGAUCUGAUGGUAUGUGUAAGACACGAGAGCCCCAGACCGGCAGAUCAUAUGUGUGUGUCAACACGGGCAGACUCAAACCUGCUGGACAGUUUACAGAAUUACCUUGAACAGCCACUGACAGCCAGAUAUAAACUGUUAGAUCAUGGAUUGUGUUGGACCGGCACAAAAGCUCAGGAACUAAAGGGUCGUCAGCUGAUGUUGUUAAGAAGAAGUGACGAAGUGCUCAUGGAACAGGAUCCCACUAUUGAUUCAAGUGGACUUGGCAUGACAGGAAUGGAUCAGUCUGAAUCUGUAGUGAUAAAUAACAGCUCUGUUUCUUCAUAUCUGAGAACCAGUCAAAAUUCUUCCUCAAGUACAAGAAUUAUGACUGGUAUCAAUUCUCAAGAUUUAAGAAGUUUUAGAGAGAGCGGUCCAAAUGUAACCAUUGCAGGCCAUCUUUCACAUAACUAUAAACAAGGUGGUUUGAAUAAUUUUCCGGCAUCAUAUGGAAUACCACAUACAAGAAUUGACACAGUCUUGACUUCCUUUCAUGAUAGAAGUCGGUCUCAAAUUAACCAAAACCAGUCUGUUCAAAGACCAACAUUAAACCGGUGUGUUUUGUCAUAUGAAAAUCAACCUCUCAUUGAUAGACAGAAAAAUAACCUUGGAAUUGUAUCUGAGAGCAGAGGAUGGAAAGCCAGUGAACAGAAUUUGAAUAUUUCUGAUGAAAAGAUAGACAAUGCAGCAAAUGAAAAUGCCAUUUUAGUGUCUGAUCAUGAUUACAAGAACAUAAAAGAAGAUAAUGCUAAAGAUGGAAUGGACACCACUGAAAAUGGUAAUCCAAAUUCUAUUGAAGAUAAUGAGUUUGGUUCAUCACUAGAUCCUGCCUCCAUUCAGAUAGAUACUGAUAAUACUGGUGAAGAUAUAAAUAUUCAUCCAGACUGUACUGAAUAUAAAGAUCCUGAAGUAUAUUGUGAUUUCAAUGAACAUAAUCAGGCUAAUGCAGGAAAUAGUAGGCUUCUGAAUAAAAAUUUAAACAUUGAAAGAAGUGCAAGGGGAGGAAGAAUGUUUGAGGUAUCCAAUGAUGUUAUUGAGUAUAGAGACUUCAGUGGCAAUAUUGAAACAGUUAACAUUGAUGUAAAGAUAGAUAAAUAUCUUGACAGCAUGAAAGAUAACGACAAAAUGAGAAAUGUGGAAGGAAUGUGGGGACAAAAUGAUUCUAGUGAAUGUAGACAUACCAGCAACAGUGAGGUGGUGUGUUAUGAUGACAACCAGAAUUGUAUUUGGGUAAAUUCUGAGGUUGAUAGGAAUGCAAGGAGUGACUUAAGAAACAUUCCUGACAAGAAUGAUCAAAAGCAUAAUAAAUUAAAACAAGACUUAAUGGAAUCUGGUGAUGCUAUGGAACAUAGGAAUGCUUCAGAAAGUAUUGUACUUAAUCGUGAAUAUAGGGAUUUUAGUGAAUAUAAGGAUCCUGGUGAAUAUAGGGAUUCUGGUGAAUAUAAAAAUCCGGUUGAAUACAGGGAUUCUGGUCAAUAUAGAAAUCCUGACGAAUACAGGAAUCCGGGUGAAUACAGAGAUCCAUGUGAAUAUAGGGACCCGAGUGAAAUUGGAGGUUCAUCAGAUGGUGAAAUCAGAUUUAUCAGUGAGGGCUUUGACACAUCUUAUGCGCUUAAUACAGCAACCGAAUUAAAGCAGAUGGACACCCAAGUGAUCAAUGACAAACAGCAUGAUGAAAGAAAUGAUGCUUUUGAUAAAAGAGAUUACCAAUAUGCUGUUGAUAAAAGUUUUGAAAGUGAUGACUCUAUAACAGUUGCUAAACAAAGAAAUUGCUCACAAGAGUUGCAGGGAAUUGUUCAUCCUAAUAUUGAUCCUGGACUUGAACUCAGUAUUACAAUUAAAUCAAGUAACCCAUCAGAAUUGAAUUCUGAUUUCGAAACUUAUAAUACUCAUCCUGAAUCUCAGAGAAAUCUUGAUGAUAUUGAAGCUUAUAUGCACACAGAUGCUGCAACUAAUGUAGGAACAACUUUUCCAGAUAUUGCAGAUAGUCGAUUAGCUAUAGGAACAGAGGAAGCAAGAGUUUACAUAGAUUUCAAUAAAUAUGACCAAGGUAGUAGAAAUGAUUACCUUGACAAGGCUGCUGAAAAUUUUGAAGAAUCAAAUCAUGAACCUGAAUUUCUGAAUGGAGAGAAAGCUGUUGAAGUAAAUACAGCACGAAUUUUGCACAAACCUAAACGAUUUGUAAGUGAAAUUCCCGGACAUUUGACAAGUAAAUCUAGUGACAAAAAAACUUACGAGAGCCUACAGAGGGGUAUGUCAUGUCCUACAGAGAUAUUGUAUGAUAAAUCAAUGGUAUUCCAAGAGGAGCAUGAAAUAGUUACAAUAGCUGAUGUUUUUAGCCCAGUAUCAGAAGAAUCUAAGGUCAAUGACUUUGAGAUCAUGAACUCUACAGAAAUGAAAUCAUCACUGGACUUGGAGGCUACAGACAGGUCAGCAUCACCUUUUAAACGCCAUUCUCUUCCCAUGGUUAGACCAUGUCAGAAUGUAAAGAGGACAAAGUUUCUGCGCCAUACCUUCCAAUAUGGUGAUAAAGUUGUAAGGUUUAAUGAAAGUUCUACAGAAGAUUGUUCUGGAGCACAUCAAGAGUCUCCUGUAUUGCCACCAAGAGGUAAUUUACCUCCCUUGCCAUGUGAUGAUUUAGCACGACGCAGAAGUAAGGAUUCUAACUUCUCAUUGAAGUCUAAUGUGGCAGGUGCAAGCAUUAGUGAGGCCCCGUGUAAGAUUGUUGUUGGAGCAAAGUCAUCCCGGCCAUUAUUAGAUAGUUUAUUAGCGAAUGAUAAACUCUUCAUUCAUUACAACUCUACAUUGUCAGGUUUUCCUGGUUGGUCUGCCCGAGAAACAGAAAACACUGUUGAGAGGACAAUGUCAGACGCUUUGACUAGUGAUGGUUAUUACAUUUUGUGGUAUAUUCGUAGCAGGAAAAAUCUUGUCAUUAGUGUCAGUUUCAGGGGAUCACUGGUACAUUACAGAGUUCAUACUAAAGUUCUAACUAAUAAACUACAUUAUUACAUCACACAAGGCAGGUACUUUGAUGACAUUAUGCAAAUAUUACAUCACUAUUUGAGAUAUGGUGUGAGGGCACCUACAGAUAUGAUUGAAAACAUAUCAAGGGCACAUGAAUAUAGGAUUCCACUACGUUGUCCAGUACAGGUUCAGUAUGAACCGCGACCUGUGAUCAGUGUAUAAACAUUACCCCAUACACUGCUGAAUUUAUGUUUACAUUUGUUAAAUUAUGAAUUUUGAACAGUUUCAGUUACACCUUACCUCAACAAAACAAAAAUAAUACAAAAUUUAAGAAGCCAACUGUUAAAAGUUAUAUCAGUAAAGUAAGCUUGUGGCCUUGGUCUGUGAUUUUAGGCAACAGCAAUUACAUAAAUGCUACAUUAAUAGAUGCUUUAUUUUGCUACCUAUGAAAUGAUAAAUUAUUAUUAAUAAAGCAGCAGAUACUAUAUUCAUAGAGCAGAGUGGAUAAGUUUUUGGUAAUGAUUUUUGUUAUUGAAAUUGUUUAUUUUUUCUUACAUUGAAUUGCUAACCAAUAAGUUUGUACUUACAUGUUUACACCAUUUGAUAACACUAUAUAUUUUAGCAAACCAUCACUGUGUUUAAUACACAAUUUUGUGACAUUUAGUGUGAAACAAUUUGAUUGUUUAUGACAUGUUUUAUAUAAGUUGAAAUAUAUGUAUUAAGUUUUUUUAAAGUUAAUAUAUGUGUGUGAAGACACAGAAAAUAUAUCAACAUAGGCAGUAAUUAUGUGCGCUGCUUGUUAGAUUUAUGAAAUAACUUCAAUGUUAAUUAAUGUUGUAGCCUAAUAUUAGCUAGCCCUCUAAAUUUAAUAUAUUUUGACUGAUUUUAUGAUUACUUACAGUAUAUGUUAUAAAUUGUACAUGAUUACAGCUUAAAUUGGUUUGCUAGUUAUAUUUUAUAACUCUCCAGCCGGCGUUGUAUGUUAUAUAUGAUUUUUUUUGUUAAAACUUUUUUAACAAUAAAAUCUUUGUUACACCAUUUUGUUAUUACUUUAUAAUUUGUUAAUGAUAUUGUUACUUUUUCCACUAUUUCUAUACAUGUAUUUAAAUAUAUAUUAUAAUUAUAUGAAACAAUAUUUUUUUAUACUAAAAAUUUACACAAUGAUACAUAUCAUUUAUACUCGGAAUGAUACUCAAUAUAUUUUAUAUGUGAAUUUGUUGAAAUUUACCAACAAUUAUAAGAAGUUUAUGUAAUAUUAAUAACUGCAAUUUUACUUCCUAGAAAAUGUCAGUAUAAAGAUAUUUGUCAUACUCACUCAAACAUGUCUUCAUCAAAAUCAUUUUCAAUAAAAAUUUUAUUUUUUCCACAGAUAAGAUUUUCCAAAUUAAACUAUAAAUCCCAUUUCAAAAAUAUAUGCAUAAAUGAUUUUUGCUGACAAUAUCUGUUUUAUUAUGCCCCUGCCAUAUAAUGGCUUGGGCAUAUAGUGUUACCCUGUUCUGUCAUUCAGUCCUUCCGUCAUUCUGUCAUUCCGUCAUCAUCAGUUUCUGUUCAUUAUCUUAGUAACGGUUGCACACAUUCAACUCAAAUUUGACAUACGGUAUGUCAUGAGAAAAUACAGGACAAGUUCGAAUUUGGUCAUGGUUUGAUGACUUUUGGCAGAGUAAUGCCCCUUUUACUUUGAAAAUAAUAUGAAAUUUUCAGUUUCCGUUCAUUAUCUCCUCAACUGUAUUACACAUUCAACUCAAACUUGACAUAUGGAUAUGUCAUGAGAAAAUACAGGUCACUUGACAUAUGGAUAUGUCAUGAGAAAAUUCAGGUCAAGUUCGAAUUUGUCUUGGUUUGAUGAUUUUUGGCAGAGUUAUGCCCCUUUUAUUUUGAAAAUAAUAUGAAAUUUUCAGUUUCCGUUCAUUAUAUCCCCAACGGUAUUACACAUUCAACUCAAAUUUGACAUAUGCAUACGUCGAAGGAAUGCGCAAGCCAAGUUCGAAUUUGGUCUUGGUUCAAUUAUUUUUUGCAGAGUAAUGCCCCUUUCACUUUGGAAAUAAUAUGAAAUUUUCUGGUUAUUUUCUCCCCAACUGUGUUACAUAUUUAACUCAAAUUUGACAUAUGGAUAUGUCAAAAGAAUGUGCAGGUCAGGUUCGAAUUUGGUCAUGGUUCGAUGAUUUUUGAGUUAUGUCCCUUUCACUUUGAAAAUAAUAUGAAAUUUUCAGUUUCUGUUCAUCAUCUCCUCUAGGGUAUUACACAUUCAUCUCAAAUUUGACAUAUGGAUACGUCAAAGAAUUGUGCAGGUCAAGUUUGAAUUUUGUCAUAGUUCCAUGAUAUUUGGCAGAGUUAUGCCCCUUUAACUUUGAAAAAAAAAGGAAAUUUUCAGUUCCCAUUCAUUAUCCCCCCAACAGUUGUACAUAUUCAACUCAAUUUAAAGUUAUGGAUAUGUCAUAAGAAUGCAUUGGUCAAUUUCGAAUUUGGUUAUAAUUUGAUGAUAGCUAACAGAGUUAUCCCUCUUGAACUCUGAAAAAACCCAAGAAAUUUUAAGUUUCCGUUCAUUAUCUCCCCAAUGGUUGUACACAUUCAACUCAAAUUUGACAUAUAGAUACAUCUUAGGAAUGAGCAGUUCAAGUUUGAAUUUGGUCGUGGUUCAAUGAUUUUGGACAAAGUUAUCUUUCUAAAAUGAUGGGAAAAUUUUGAAUUUUCAGUUUGUGGAAAUGCAUGUAGCCAUUAUUUUGGCUACAAAUAUGCAUUAUGCAAUUUACAAAUGGUUAACACUGAAUAGUUUCAGUGCCUUGAACUUUGUAUAAAAAUGGUGUGUUAACAUUGAAUAGUUUGACGGUAGUACACCCCUAAUGCACUAUCUCCACUUUGAAGAGUAUAUAAGUGUAUUGAAACUGAGGGGCGUGGGUUCAAACUUUUUUUUUCUUUCUUUUCUUUCUUUUUAACAUUUUUUAUUAAUCUCUUAGAUCCCUAAUGGAAGAAAAAAGUGUUUCAUUUUAAUUAUAUAAUUAUUGUAGGUAUUUAUUUACUAAAUAAUGCCGAAUUUAUAGCAAAUAUGAUACCAGAUAUUUUCAAAGUUUAAUAAAAUAAAAACUACACGGUUAAAGUAUUUUAUAUUUUGCAAACCAACCAAUAUACAUUUCAGAAAAUUUAAGCAGACUUUGAAAACAGCCCCUCAUUGUGGAAAAUUUAAGUGAUAUUUUAAAUAAGGCUUUUUACAUAGGGAAAUGGUGAAAUAAGUGUUAAAAGUGGGUGGGGUAGGGUUGCAUUUUUAUACAUAUUAAAAACAUUUCGUUUAAAAACAAUCAUUUUGCUUGUUUAAUUUGUAACCUUAAUGUCAUUAUUUGUUUCUUAACAAUGAGCAAUAGGAAAACAUUUUUCAUAAUGAUGAUAUUAUAGAUUAUUUAGAGUUUCCUCAUUUUUGAAAAAAAGCCCUUCUAAUGGCAAAGUUUUAGUUCAGAAAAUGUCCAUAGCUCAUAAACCACACGGUAAGUUUUGUUUAAAUUUUGCAUACAGCUGACAUUUAAGACAUAUAACUGUCCUAUGCUGUAAAUUUGACAGUUCCUUAUAGUGCCCAUUAGGGGUGUUCUUCCUUGAGGGCUUUGAACUUAAAAUGAAAAAAAUAAUUUGUGCAAACAAACUUGGAAAUAAAUAUUAUAACAUCUGAAAUUUUGGCUGCAUGCGGGGUAUCCAUGGUGUGACAACACAUUUCUAUUUAAGUUGUUUUUUUUAUUUCACAAAAAAAUCCUAUGAUUUGUUACAAUCAGAAUCUCAUUUUAUGAUUAUUAUUAACUUAAAGGGACAGUACUUAAGUUUGAUUUUACAUGAUCAGACUGGAAAUAUGCUUUGUUAUUAUUGUAUCAUUUUAUGUUGGUCUGGAUAAAUAGCUUGUGUAUCAUUCAAUUUAUCAGCUUUCCAGAACAAUUAUUUUAAUAGUGAAAAAAAGAAUUCCAAAGAAUGUAAAGCAUUCAAAGGAUUUUGAUUCUAAUCUAAGUAAGAAUCAGAGUUUGAUUUACAGUUUAAUUCUGAGUUUACUUUUUUUUAAAUAUUUUUCACAUAUCUUUCUGCUUUAAGUGUCAUCUAUGUAACAAAAUUCAUAUUUUAUGUUUAAGUUUUUGGAACACAAUGAAGUUCUUUUAAUCUCAUUUUGGGUUUUUACUAACCAACAUGUAAUCAAAGCUCAUCUUUAUGUCUCUAGUUAUUUUAUGUAUGUCGAAUCUCAUUUUAGAUUUUUGAUUUUAUAAACCCAUUUUUUUACUAGAAACACAUGUUGUUGUUUUUUUACUUAUGACACAAUUUAAUGACAUCAUCUUCUUGUUUUCAUGUUGUUAUUUUCUUGUUUUAAUUUUUAUGCCCACCUUCAAAGAAGAGGGGUAGUAUUGUUUCACUAAUGUUGGUUGGUCUGUCUGUCUGUCUGUCUGUCUGUCUGUCGGUCAGUCUGUCUGUCUGUAGACCACAUGGUUUCCGCUGAUUAUCUUGAAAACUAUAUAUCACAAAGUCUUCAUAUUUUACAAACUGAUUGGUCAUAACUAGUAGAUGACCCCUAUUGAUUUUGGGGUCACUAGGUCAAAGGUCAAGGUCACGGUGGCCUUAAAUGUCAGAAUGGUUUCUGCUGAUUAUCGUGAAAACUGUGUAUGACAAAGUCUUCAUACUUAACAUACUGAUUGGUCAUUUUUGGUAGUUUACCCCUAUUGAUUUUGGGGUCCCUAGGUCAAAGGUCACAGAGGUGCCUUAAAUGUCUGAAUGGUUUCUGCUGAUUAUCUUCAAAACUAUUCAUCACUAAGUCUUCAUAUUUUACAUACUGAUUGGUGAUAACUAGUAGAUGACCCCUAUCGAUUGUGGGAUCACUAGGUCAAAGGAUUUUGGGUCACUAGGUCAAAGGUCAUGGUCUCAGGGCCUUAAAUGUCAGAAUGGUUUCUGCUGGUUAUCUUGAAAACUAUGUAUCUUAAAUUCUUCAUAUUUUACAUACUGAUUGGUCAUAACUAGUAGAUGUCCCUCAAUGAUUUUGGUGUCACUUGGUCAAAAGUCAAGGUCCCAAUUGCCUUAAAUGUCGAAAUGUUUUUUUGCUGAUUAUCUUGAAAAGUAUCACAAAGUUUCUAUAUUUCACAUACUAAUUGGUCAUACAUAACUAGUAGAUGACCCCUUUUUGGGGGGUAUCAUUAGGUCAAAGGUCAAUGUCACAGGGCCUUAAAUGUCAGAAUUGUUGCCGCUCAUUAUCUUAAAAACUAUUUAUCACAAAGU